AUGCUCUCUCUCGUAGAUGAUAUCAGGAAGCUUGCGGAGAUGGAGUGUUCGGAUUUACAAAGCCCGACAACACACGCCCAGUUGCUGACCAUGGUCAACAAGCUGAGGUUGGCGAUAGAAACACCGACGGAGACAAUUCUCAGAUUGAUUUACCAGCCCCCUCAAAAUGCAGCUCUGCGCACGGUUGUGGAUCUCGACAUCUUCAAACUGGUAUUAGAAGCAAGUUCAACCAAGGGGGGGAAAGGCAUCUCGGCGACGGAACUCGCAGCUCGUACCGGAGCGGAGAAAACCCUCGUAGUUCGUCUGAUGCGUGUGAUGACCGCUCUGGGCCUUUGCACUAGCCUCGAGCCAGAGGUAUAUCUGGCAAACGACAAGACGGCGACUAUGACAAAACCUAUCGGACGGGAUGGUGUUAGCUGCAUAUAUGAUCUCACCCUCCCAACUCUUACCCAGCUGCCUGAGUAUCUCCGGGAGCACGGCUACGCCGAUCCCAAAGAAUAUUCCCGUUCCCCCAUGCAGUGGGUCGUGGGAGAGAGUCAAUUCGAGUGGCUCGCCCAGCGGAAGGAUCAUCAGACUCUCUUCAACUCAUACAUGUCCAGCCGACGAGAGGGAAAACCGAACUGGUUCGACAUCUACCCCGUGGAGAGGCUCACGGAGUGUGCCAAUCCACACCCUGAGGCGGUGUUCCUCAUCGACAUCGGCGGGAAUCACGGACACGACCUGCAGAAACUGACGCACUGCCGACCCGACCUUCCAGGACGACUGAUCCUGCAGGACCUGCCCAAGGUCAUAGCUUUGGCGCCGCAGCUAGACGGCGUAGAAGGAAUGGGAUAUUCCUUUCUCGACCCGCAGCCGGUGAAAGGCGCUCGAGCAUACUUCUUCCGUUCGAUCUUCCACGACUGGCCGGAUCGUAUCUGCCACAAGAUCCUCACCAACACCAUGAGCGCCAUGGAUCCGUCGUACUCUCGGAUCAUCAUCAUGGACCAUGUCCUCCCUGACGUGGACACCCCUCUGCUCCAGGCCGCGAUGGACAUUCAGAUGAUGAGCAUCGGAGCAGGAGUGGAGCGAUCAGAGCUCCAGUGGAGGAGCCUUCUCCGGAGUGCAGGCCUCAAGAUCACGGGCAUCUGGAGCGGGAAUCCCGGUAUGGAGUCAGUCAUCGAGGCAGUUCCGAUGGCAGAAAGCGAGGACACGUUCUAG